UCCCGAUACUUUUCUGACUGAAUGUAUGUAUGUAUUUAGUAAAAUAUUGAUGUCAUAAUAAUCAGAAUCGACGUCAAGUAUUUUGGCAUAAUCAAAAGGGAAAAAAUCAAUAAAGGAAAUUUUUAGUUGAGUUUAAAAUCACUUGCUAAAGACCAUGUAAGUAUUUAGCCUUUAGUGUGAUGUUAAUCAUUAUGAUCGUCAAAUGUAUUCGCGAUUGUUGUUUGUUCGCUAAGUUUCAUCACUUGAUUUCGUGUUAUCACUCAGUUGCAUACCCUGUACACUGACAUUGCUGUAAUGUCGACAAACAUUCACCUAUAUUUAAGGAUGGUUUUGUAUUUUUUCUCACAGUAUCCAAGUGACUUGUCAGUUAGAUAUCCUUUACAAAAAAAAAACAAGAUGUUCACCAAAUUAUUCGUCUUCGCCGCUUUCAUCGCAGCGCUCACUGCACAAGAAAACGCCGACAAACAGCCCGUAGAAAUAAUAACGGAAAGAACUUUAGUCAAACCAGAUGGAUACGAUUUUGAAUACAAAACUAGCGACGGCGUAUCACGCCGGGAGGAAGGAACCCUGAUCACCGUUGGCGACCAACAGGGUAUCGGAGUGAAGGGGUCCUACUCCUACACGGCUCCUGACGGACAGCAGUACCAGGUCACCUUCACAGCUGAUGAUAAAGGAUACAAACCACAGAUUCACAUCUUACCAAGCCAAUAAAUUAUGUACAAAGUAUUCUGCCUUUAUUUUUGAACAAUUAAUAUCUAAUUGGUCUAAGGUUGAAAAACAUCGAUUGCGCCUAUUCCCGCGGGAUAACCCAAAUAUAGCCUAAGUAUGUUCUUUUCCACGGUGUAGGUAAACUUAUGCUUUAAUAUAUAUUAGUAAUUAUAAAUAUUAUGCAUACAGGAUAUAAUUUGUUAAUAUUUCCAUUCAUUAAUUUAUAGUAAAAUGGGCAUGAAUGUUGCAUAAAUAGACCGCAAAGAUCCAAAGAAGCGAAAAUGCGUUGUUUAAUUGAUAGGAAACUUAAAUGUACCUAUGCGUUUUAUUUGAGAGGCAGAUAAAAGAAUCUUGGAUUAAAAUAAUCAUUUACCGCUUUGAACUCUUCUUGUUAAUAUACCUACUUUAUCCGAUCAAACGAGAAAGAGAGUGUG